GGCGCACGCGGCACGACCAUGCGGCUGCUCGCGCUCUCCGCUCUGCUCCUGCUCUGCUCCAGCACAGGGCGCUCUCUGCAGAUCCAGUGUUAUCAGUGUGAAAUGACGCAGGACUGUGCUGCUCCAGAGUUCAUCGUAAACUGCACGGUCAACGUUCAGGACAUGUGCCAGAAAGAAGUCCUGGUCAUGGACGAUGGGACUCAUUACCGUAAGUCGUGUGCGUCGUCCGGAGCGUGCCUCAUCGCCUCGUCGGGAUACCAGCAGUUCUGUACGGGCAAACUCCACUCCGUGUGCAUCACCUGCUGCAACACACCCCUGUGCAACGGACCCAGGCAGAAGAAGCGCCCCCUGCUGUCCUCCGCCACCUCUUACGUCGCCUCGUACGCCGCCCUGUCCCGUACGUGGAUACUGCUGCUGUCGCUCACACUGAUACUGACGCUGAGAAUGUGCUGA